AUGGUUGGGAACAAGAGCACGUCGCUGGAGGUCGGGGAGCCGGCACCUUGGCUGCUGGCCCGGGGUGUCAGUAAACAGGGGUACGACCGGUUGUCGCGGCAAGCCUACGACCCUUACCAGCAGAUGAUCUUGGACGGCCUGUGGGACGACGAGGCCAUCGAGGAAAAGGCGAAGGGCGACGAGUACUUCCGGAACAGCGAAUACCGUGCUGCGGUGGCGUGCUAUGGGCGAGCGUUGGAGCGCAACCCUGACAGCUACAUACUUGCGCCCGCUAGCAGCAUGGCGAUCAACCAAAUCGGCGACCAGGUGAGGGCCCACCUCGCCGGCCUCUUCUCGACGGACGCGAGCUCGCCCGCUGCCAAGCAGGCCAAGAAGAAGCCGCAGGCCAAGUGGCUACAGGCUGCGCUGGGUGACACCUUUGCGGUCUUCGGUGGGCACGUCAAGGAGCGCUUCGUGGGCAUCGAGCUGGACGUGGCCUCCGUGUCAGAGCAGGUCAAUAAGCAAGAGGGGCAGAUUAAGGAGGCCCUGAACCUGAAGCAGACGGUGCAGGAUCUCCAGGCCGAGCGGCGUGCCCUCAAGGACGCCCGAGACAAGUUGGACACCAAGUUCCACGGCAUGGUAGCAGCACCGGUUGCGGAGGGAGCGAACGAGGAGGCACAUAUAAGGAAGGACAUGGAGGAAUUGAGAAAGCAGGUGGAGCAGCAGACCGCGAAGACUGCUGAGGUACCCUACGAGAUGCGCAAGGUGUGUAUCUGCGGGGGCUUGGGUUGGGACACGCCGCCAGAGGCACUACAGGAGAGGUGCUGGCAAGUCCUGGACGAAACCGGCUUGCAGGACCAGGUGGAGACCGUCGCGGCCACCCUGGACACCCCCGGCUGCACCUGCGAGGUCGUCCUCCGCAACGCUGGCACGAUGGGUCCAGCUCGACUCCGGGUGAGGCCCCUCGGCAAGAGCUUCGUGGCGAACAAGAAAGUGUGGUUCGACGCGAAGAGGUCGCGAGCCGAGAACGCACUAGCCCGCAUGAUGCACAAGUCGAAGGAGUACCUCGAGGCAGCUGCUAUCCGGGACCGUGCCGUGGUGAACCUCACGACGAGGGAGCUGUCAGAUGCGCUCGCUGGCCUCCGCCAUGUGGCGGUCGUGAACAAAAAUGGCAUCGCGGUCGCGGCCCUCCGGCUCCUCUGCGAGAGCCGGCCGGGCGCCGUGUACAUGGCAUUCUUCGACCUCGCGAGCAGCCGGGGCGAGAUGGGCAGUCUCGUCAUUAUGGGCAGGGCGAGCGCAACUGGCCCUGGGACAAUCCCGCCCACCGCGGUCCGCACCAUACCUCCCUUGCCCGUGGUAUUGGCUGUCGUCGACAAUAUCUUGGCAAAGCGGGUGCGCGACGUCGUCGACAGGUGCGCGGCCCGGGUCCUGCCGGCCGCGUCGAUGUCGCCAUGUCUCGAGUGCGCCGAGAGCAGGCGCCAGACUUUAGAUGCCGUUCACCCGCUGGCGCUCGUCAUCGAGAGAGGCAUGGGCAACGAGUCCCAGGGCUGCGCCUGCCAGCAGGGCGCGCGGGAGUGUUGCGAUGCCCCGAGGGCGAUGCGCGUUGCCAGGUGGUUCAGGGACGAAACCGGCUCGUGCGACGAGGCCGCCACCUUGGUGAAGCUGCAUGCUUGCCCGCUCGUCGUGCUCGAGGUGGGGUCUGCGCUCGCAACGCUGAGCUCCCGCGUCGUCGGCGUGCGCUCUGGCUCCCGGAGCGCCGGCGCAGCCGGGCGCACCCCGCUGUUGGAUUUGGCGUCGCAGCGGAUGCAUUUCUGGCAGACGCUCGGCUUUGAAGGCGCAGGCUUGGCUUAUUUCGUGGACAAUCUCCUCGCGGCGCCCAAGGAUCCAGCAGCUGCCGUUCUCAUGCAGGACGAUUGCGCGGAGCAGCUCAGCCGGCGAUGGGACUUGCAGAUCGGGGGGGGGGGCUCCCGGGAAUACCUCAUUUGCAAGGGCGGGCGCGACGAUGUGGUCUCGCAUCGCAGCUGGGACAAGAAGGAGAAGACGCUGGGCCACAUCAUCGACCACAAGGGGGGCAUCACCUCGUGCUACGCGGCGGCCACGGCGGCGAUGCUCCGAGCGUUUGUCGGGAAUCUGGACCAAGACCGGCUGCUGGAGUCGGGCGUGGGCGAAGCGCAGGUGUCGUGGGAGUCCCACAUUCGCCGUGGCCGCGACCCGCAGGCUUGGACGCCGCGCGUGCUUCGCUAUCGCGGCGCGGUGUGGCUGAGCUGGCAGCGCCUGAUCGCAUUGCGCGGGCAAGAGUCGUGGUUGGCGAUCCGGCGAGUCCGAGGACCCGAUGUGGGGAUGGGCGACAAGCGAGGCCCCACGCCGAAGGCGACGGCGUCGCUUGCGGACACACGCUCCGGGGAGCACAAGGACACCUGCCACAGCGGGCCCAUGCUGCGCGGCGCGCGCCCGACGUGCCAGCGCGGCGGACACGCCGCAGCCACCCUCGGCCUGGCCUCGCACACCGCGGGCGGCGGCGCGGCCGCGGCGUGCGCGGCCGGCGCGGGCGGAGCGCGCCCGCGGUGCCCCGAGCCGGGCGCGCGGGCGCGGGCCGCGUCGGCGCUGCCGGCGGCUGCGGCGGCCGCCACCUGCGCCCAGAGCGGGGCGCGGCUCGGGCGGUUGCUGCGCGGCGCCGGGCGCGUGCGCGGCGCGCGGCGGGGUACCAGGGCGCGGCGGUUGGCGUCGGCGGGGGGGGCGAGCGGCCGGGGCGAAGCAGCGCAUCGAGGGCCUCCUCAAGGGGGGCGGCAUCGUGGUCUUCUCGAAGACGUGGUGCCCUUUCUGCACCAGGGCCAAGGCGCUUCUGCAGGCGGAGGGCGCGAGCUUCGUGUCUGUGGAGUUGGACGAGAUGCCGCAGGAUGAGGCCGGCGAGGUGCAGAUGAUGCUCGCAGAGAUGACGGGCGCCCGCACCGUGCCGCGCAUCUUUGCUAGCGGCCAGUGCAUAGGUGGCUGCGACGACCUCGUCGCCCUGCAGCAGAGCGGGCAGCUGGCGGACAAGCUUCCCAGCGGCAGUACGGUGGCCCCUGCCGCUGAGUUCAAGCUCGAGCUGGACGACAACGAGAUGCGCAGAAAGCUGUCCCCCCAGGAGUUUUACGUGCUGCGCCAGAAGGGUACCGAGGGUCCGGGCACGCACGACUUUAAUUGGUUCUUCCCCGCUGGGGGGCACUUCGCGUGCGCUGCGUGCGGCUUGCCCCUCUACUCGGCGGGCUCCAAGUUCAAGUAUUCAGGGGACACCACGUUCCCUCUGCUUAGCAAUUGCGGCUGGCCCUCAUUCAGGCAGUGCUAUUUCUCGGAGGAGGCGGGUGGCUGCCACAUCGCGACCAAGGACGAGUGUGGCAGCGUUGAGAUUAUCUGCAAGCGUUGCGACUCGCACAUAGGGCACGUGUUCUUCGACGCGCUCGGCCCAGAGAACCCAAACGGCGAGCGCCACUGAGCCAACGGGUUGAGCCUGAAGUACGUCGAAGGGCCGCCCGAAGGCUUCACUUCGCUGAGAGAGGACAAGGUGGACCUGGAUCUGAAGUAGGCUGGCGGCGGCGGCGGCUAGAAACGCUGUUAUCAGCAGGCACUGGGUCGGUCCACGCCCGACGCUGCCCGUUGAUGAGGGCUUCUUCGACGUCGGAUGCGCGCUACUGCUCGGGCCCAGCUCGCGUCGAGUGCAGGAUGUCUGCCAGGGCCGCAAGUCACUUGCCCCUCGCACUUGCCCCACUCGCAGGCCGCGCGCGUGGUGAGCCUCUGCCAGACUUGCGCGCGGCGAUGUUUUGCCCGUGGGAGCUCGCGGCGGGGCGAGGGCUGCGCGGCCCUCGGCGGAGCAGAGGCCAGCAGUUCGUCGUCGUUCUCUUGUCCACUGUCUUGCCGAUCGGCGCGGGCCCUCGCGCCCCCCCCACCCCCAUGGAGUGGAUCUUGGCUGUUUUUGGCGCCCCGUUCCAGCAGGUGGAGCCUCCCCC